UUUCCAAAUACUUAUUGAGCAAUACUAUGUUCCAGGAAAUACACCUGGUGCCGGGCUAUAGAGAUUAAUAAAAUAUGAUUCCUGUCCCACAAGAAGUUUACAUUCUGGGAACACAGACCGUCCUAGAACACUUGUAUUCCACUUCUCCAGAAGCAAACAAGCUACAAUGAACACAUUUUGCUAUUCCUAUUAAGAGUACAAAGAAAAUAAUAGCUGAAAUUCUUCUCUAGCUUUUAAGUGCUUUUGUUUAGGUGAGACAUGGAAUUCAUUAAAACUGCAUUAUCAAUUAAGAAACAUGCAGGAAUGAUUAGCUUAAAACCUGGUAGACAGGAGCGUAUUGACAACCAAGAAACAGAACUUCCUUCUUUUUGACAUGACGACACAUCCCCUCACCAACAACAACAUUAAGCAGCGCCUCAUCAAGAAGGUGCAGGAAGCCGUUCUCGACAAAUGGGUGAACGACCCUCACCGCAUGGACAAGCGCCUGCUGGCCCUCAUCUACCUGGCCCACACCUCGGAUGUCCUAGAGAACGCGUUCGCACCCCUCCUGGACAAGCAGUACGAUUUAGCCACCCAGCGGGUGCGGCAGCUCCUGGACUUAGACCCUGAGGUGGAGUGUCUGAAGGCCAGCACCAACGAGGUGCUGUGGGCAGUGGUGGCCGCCUUUACCAAGUGACGCUGCGCAGAACCUAGCGUCCUCCUUUUUCUCGCAGGAUCAUUUUUCUUCCAGGGACUCCUGGUUUUCUGCAGUUUGUACUUCCCACACUAUAAUUGGUUUUCGUUUUAUGAAAUGGUCGGUGGCUUUUCCUGUUGUGGGUGUGUACCUUCAGGAAGCUGCUGGUAUGAGAGACCUUUCUAAACCUUUUUUAAGUUUAGAAAAAAAAGUUUUACUGCCUAUUGUCAUUUCAUUCCUUCUUGACUUCAAGAGAGUCGCCGUUCUCACUGUAAUAGGCUUUGGAUUUUUGUUAUGUUUACUUUCAAACUACCUCCAGUUUCUUUCUUUCCUUUUUUUGCCGAUUUUUGUUUUUUAUUGAAGCAUAGUUUGAUUUACAAUGUUGUAUGAGGUUCAGGUGUACAGUAUAGUGAUUCAGUUAUACAUAUAUAUAUAUAUAUAUAUAUAUAUUCUUUUUCAGAUUCUUUUCCCUUAUAGGUUAUUACAAAAUAUUGAGUAUAGUUCCCUGUGCUAUAUAGUAGGUCCUUGUUCAUUUCCUAUUUUAUAUAUAAAAGUGUAUAUAUGUUAAUACCAACCUCCUAAUUUAUCCCCCUCCCCUUUCCCCUUUGGUAACCAUAAGUUUGUUUUCUAUGUCUGUGGGUCUAUUUCUGUUUUGUAAAUAACUUCACUUGUAUCAUUUUUUUUAGAUGCCACAUAUAAGCAAUAUGAUAUUUGUCUUUGUCUGGCUUACUUAGUGUGAUAAUUUCUAGGUCCAUCCAUGUUGCUGCAAAUGACAUUAUUUCAUUCUUUUUUAUGGCUGAGUAGUAUUCCAUUGUAUAUUUGUGCCACAUCUUCUUUAUCCAUUUGUCUGUCAAUGGACAUUUAGGUUGCUUCCAUGUCUUGGCUAUUAUAAAUAGUGCUGCUAUGAAUAUUGAUUGAGGUGCAUGUAUCUUUUCUUGAAACUACCUCCAGCUUCUUUUUCUUUAAUUUUAUUUAUUUUAUUUUUAUGGCUGCAUCAGGUCUUAUCUGUGGCACACGGGAUCUUCGUUGUGGUGCACGGGCUUCUCUCUAGUUGCGACAUGAGAGUUUUCUCUUCUCUAGUUGAGGUGCGUGAGCUCAGUAGUUGUGGCGUGCGGGAUUCGUUUCCCCGCAGCAUGUGGGAUCUCAGUGCCCUGACUAGGGCUUGAACCCCUGUCCCCUGCAUUGGAAGGCGGAUUCUUUACCACUGGACCACCAGGGAAGCCCCUCCCGCCAGCUUCAAAAGCACAUCAUUAGCAUUUCUUGAGUUUAAGUUUUUCCACAAGUACAAAUUCUUCUAUAUUCUUAACUCACCAAAAGUAAAAAGCUGUACCUAUCAAGGUAUUUUUCAGUAAAGCUCAAUCUAGAUGCAUACCUUAACAAUUUUUGGCUGGCAUUAUGCUAAGUGACAUGAGUCAGACAAAGAAAGACAAAUACUGUAUGAUAUCACUUAUGUGUGGAAUCUUAAAAAGCCAAACUCAUAGAAACAGUGAAUAGAACAGAGGUUAUCAGGGGCUAGGGGUUAGGGGUGGGGGAAAUGGGGAGGUGUUGGUCAAAGAGUACAAACUUCCAGUUAUAAGAUGAGUAAGUUCUGGAGAUCUAAUGUACAGCUUGGUGAUUAUAGUUAAUAAUACUGUAUUAUAUACUUGAAAGUUGCUAAGGGAGGAGAUCUUAAAUGUUCUCACCACGAUAAAGAAAUGGUAAUUAUGUGAUGGAGAUAUUAGCUAAGGCUAUGGUGGUCAUCACUUUGCAAUACAUAAGCAUAUCAAAUCAAUAGGUUGCAUACCUUAAACUUACAUAAUGUUAUAUGUCAAUCAUAUCUCAAUAAAGUGGGAAAAAUUUUGCUUUCCAUAAUCUUAUAUUUGUAUAUUUUCACUAUUAAAUCAUAAAAGUAAAUUGCUCCAUAAAGCUAAUUGGGUUGUGUACAUCCAUUGAUGCUGUAUAUCUUGUGGACUUCACAUGAAUUUCUCCUCAAAUUGCUGUCACAAUACACAGCUGUUACCAUAGCUUUAUAAUAAAUCCCGAUAUCUGUGAGGACCUGUCCUUCCUCAGAAUUGUGUUAGUGAUUCUGAGCCCUUUGCUCUUCCAUAUGAAUUUUAGGAACAUCUUAUCAAGUUUCUUGAAAUAUCCUGUUGGGAUUUUGAUUGGUAUGACGUUGGCGGUACAGAUUUAUUUGAAAGAACUGACAUAUUUAUGAUAUUGAGUCUUUCUAUUUAGGACCAUAGCAUAACUGUCCGUUGUAAAUUAAAUACGGCCACAAAUUAUUUGCAGCUCCUUCUAUUAAGAGGUGGAGUCUGUUCCGCCACCUCUUGAAUCUGGGCUGGCUUUGUUCUCUGAUUUAUCCAAUAGAAUGUGGAGGAAGUGACAUCUUGCCAGUUUCACAGCUUGGGACACAUAAAGUGAUAUGGUGUCUCCCUUCAUUCUCUUGGAAUGCUGCCUUGAGACCACCAUACCAUAAUGAAGCCCAGGACAAAAGGGCAUAUGGAAAGAGAGACCCAGCUGUCCCAGCUAAGUUCAGCACCCUGCCAGAUGACCUGCCAGCUGAAUGCAGCUGUGUGUAUGAGCCCAAGUGAAAGCAGCAGGGAACUGCUCAGCCAACCCAGAGAACUGCAUAAAGUGGUGUUGAUUUAAGCUGUUAAGUUUUGGGGUGUUUUAUUCCACAACAAAGACUAGUUGAAAGAGAAACUAGUACCUAAAAAUGAGGUGCUGGGCUUCCCUGGUGGCGCAGUGGUUAAGAGUCCGCCUGCCAAUGAAGGGGACACGGGUUCGUGCCCCGGUCCGGGAAGAUCCCACAUGACGUGGAGCAGCUAGGCCCGUGAGCCAUGGCCACUGAGCCUGCGCGUCCGGAGCCUGUGCUCCGCAACAGGAGAGGCCACAACAGUGAGAGGCCCGCAUACCGCAAAAAAAAUAAAAAACAAAAAAAUAAUUUAAAAAUAAAUAAAAUAAAAAUUAGGUGCUGCUAUAAUAAAAACUGAAUGCAUGUGUCAUGGCCUUGAGACUGGGUAGUAGGCAGAGGCUGGAAGGGUAGCAAGGAGACUAUUAGUAGAAGCUGGAAAAUUAGUGAAGAAACUACUAUUGAAGUCUGGAAGGAUGGUAAACCAUGUCUUGUGCUAGUGAAAAAGUUGGCAAAACUGUUACCAACACCACAUGAAGCAGAAGAACCACUUGGCCAACCCAUAGAAUCAUGAGAAAUAUUGAAUUGUUGUUUCAUUAAGACAAUAUGUUUUGGGGUCGUUUAUACAAUAAAUAGUUGAAAGACUAAUGAGCUUGUGGAUCUGAUUGGACUGAAUUGUGUCCCCUCAAAAAUGUAUAUAUUUAAGAAUGGGAUACAGAAAAGCCAUCUAUACUUGUAAACAAGUUUGUCAACUUUGCUGUAGAGUGAUCAGGUGGGAGCAAUAGGCAUCAUCUCAGCGAACCCACAAAAGCCAAAAUGUGGAGAUCUUUUCUCUAGGACCGUUCAGUUUCUCCAGGGAGAAAUCUCUAAUUUCUUGACUACAUGGUAGAGAUCUUGCUGCAGGCAUUCUCAGAGAGAAUGAGUUGGGGUGGGGUUAAGAGGAAUAAUAACCAUUUUCCUUCUUGAUCACCCUACACA